GGAAGUAAUGCUGCAGACAAUGCAAUGCCUUUACAUAAACCAGCCAUGCCCCCGCCUCUGGGAUAGUGUUACCUUGAAAAAGAUAGCGUGGAAAGAACAGCUACUGAGAUGGGUAACACCUGCCUGGAGAACGGAUCUUUCCUGCUCAACUACGUGGGGUGUGUGGAGUGCAACAAGAGGGACUUUGUGCUGAUCGCAAACAGAGCAACGGAGGAGGAGGAUGGAGAAGAAAUCAUCACUUAUGACCAUGUGUGUAAGAACUGUCAUCACAUGAUAGCCAAGCACGAAUACACAUUCAGCGUGGUGGACGAUUACCAGCGCCGGCCAGCUGGCUUCACCGCCUCCUUUGACUGCACCUUUGCAGCUCCAGCCCUCCUGCUUCACACCAUGAGCUCUGCCCGGCACGUCCAGCUGAGCCAGACCCCUGGGAGAGGCUCGGCCCCUCUUCAGGGACUGUGCACCUCAGCAGUAUCUGCGGUGACACUCGGUGUUAUCAGAACAGCCGGGUUCGGCAGCCAGCUGUUACACAGCCCAGGAGGCCCAUAGGAGUACACCAUGCUGUGCCUGUUGUGCGGCCGGGCCGAGGACUCCGUCAGCAUCCUGCCCGACGACCCUCGCCAGGCGGCCCCCUUGUUCUGAAGCUUCGGCCGCCGCCUCGGGGCGGGUUUGCGUCCGGCCUCGCUAGACUGUUGGCAGAGCGAUGGCGGGUUACAGUCAUUAAACACGUGCCCUGUGUUGUGAACGUGAGUCGCCCCACGGUCCGGCACCCCGCUCCUCCCCAGACUCGGCAUCAGAGAGGCUCAGGACCCUGGCCUGGAGGAAGGAGCAGGGAGGGGGGCGUAAGCCAGGUUGCUUGGAGGACUGGUUCUGGGCUGGGGAGCGUGCCGAGGGGGAGGGAGUGGGACGGUCCUUGGCACAAACCAAGGUAACAGCUGCUGUCAUGUCCACGGUGUCCGGCCUGGGAUCCCACCCCCGGGAGGUAAUUUUACAGCCGACAUGCAGGGGCACUGCGUGGGUCUAUAGUUUCUAAUGACAUUAGACCCGGCUGACAGUAGCAGAGCCCCACGAGGCACCCCCCAGCGUGCCCCCCAUAGGAGUCCGGAGGCUGGUACAUCUGCUCUCCGCCCAGCUGUCCCUGCGGUCGCUCGGAAUCCUCCCCCACGCCGUGGCCCAGGACCACGCUAACCGGGCCCAGGUUAGAGCCGUAGCAGGAGAUUUGCCAGCAGCUGUGGCCAGGCUGCUUGGGCUAACAAGCCAGGUUGCUUGCCUAGGGCCUGUAGUCUCCCUCUGAAGGGAAGGGGAAGGUGGCUCCGGAUCUCCUGGCCAGCCUUCGCCAAGGGGCGGCCAGUGCUGCUGGCUCUCCUGGGGGUGACCGGCGGCAGUGUGGUGGUCCCUUUCUGGAGACCAGUUGUUCUUGUGCACGGGUGGGUAAUAAACUAGGAGAGCUUUGGGGCACUGGUGGUGUCUUCAGAGGCAUCUGUCCCGUGUCUGGCACGGUGGGGCCCCGAUCAUGCCUGGCGCUGCUGCAGCCGCUCAGUGCCACCUGCAGCCAGCCCAGCCCUUGGGGAGUGGGGAUUUCUCCA